GGGAGCCGGCGGCUGUGGCCAUGGCCUCCAACUUCAACGACAUCGUCAAGCAGGGCUACGUGAAGAUCCGCAGCAGGAAGCUAGGGAUUUUCAGGCGUUGCUGGUUGGUUUUCAAGAAGGCUUCCAGUAAAGGACCCAGACGGCUAGAAAAAUUUCCAGAUGAAAAGGCAGCCUAUUUUAGGAAUUUUCACAAGGUAACUGAGCUGCACAAUAUAAAAAACAUAACCAGACUGCCUCGAGAGACAAAAAAACACGCAGUGGCAAUUAUCUUUCAUGAUGAGACGUCAAAGACAUUUGCCUGUGAGUCAGAACUGGAGGCAGAGGAGUGGUGCAAACAUCUUUGCAUUGAGUGUCUAGGAACAAGGCUUAAUGAUAUAAGUCUUGGGGAACCUGAUUUGCUUGCUGCUGGAGUGCAGAGGGAACAAAAUGAGCGUUUCAACGUGUAUCUUAUGCCUACACCAAAUUUAGAUAUCUAUGGGGAAUGUACAAUGCAGAUCACACAUGAAAACAUCUAUCUCUGGGAUAUUCACAAUGCCAAGGUCAAGCUGGUCAUGUGGCCUCUGAGUUCCCUGAGGAGAUAUGGACGUGACUCAACGUGGUUCACAUUUGAGUCUGGAAGGAUGUGUGACACAGGAGAAGGGCUGUUCACAUUUCAGACAAGGGAAGGUGAGAUGAUAUACCAGAAAGUCCAUUCUGCAACGCUGGCGAUAGCAGAGCAACAUGAAAGACUAAUGAUGGAAAUGGAGCAAAAAGCACGGCUCCAGACCAGUUUGACUGAACCCAUGACAUUAUCGAAGUCAAUUUCACUUCCUCGUAGUGCAUACUGGCAUCAUAUUACCAGGCAGAACAGCGUUGGAGAAAUCUACAGUUUACAAGUUUCAGAUUUGGGCCUGCAACAAAACCCAAGAACUUUGAGGAAAUUCAGAUUAUGGUCCACCUUUGAUAGUUCAUUUCUACCUCACGUCAGUUUUAAUAUGAAGGUAUUUGCUAUGAAGAUGCAUUGGACGGUCACAGUCUCGGUUCAACAAAGGUGUCUCGUGCACAGACGUUUCCCAGCUACACCUCAGAGCAGAGCGAGGAGCACCAGCAGUCCCUGUCGCUGUCUAGCAGCUAUGGAUUCAGCUACAGCUCAGGCCUCAUGCAGUGACAUACAGAGAGCAGCUGAUCAGAGAGACAGUCUAGCCUGGAACCUGCCAGUAGGGUCAGGAAGUCACUUGCGUCCUCCGCAAAAGACAAAAUGUAUUGAAAACUGAGGCAUAUCAGCUCCGCUUGGGUUACAAUGAAGAUUAAAAGCUGGAGUACAGCUUCCCGGAAGGAGAGGCUAAGUCUUUUAUUUAUUUUCUUCUAUUUUCUUUCGUCCACAUAUAAAAAGAAAUAGAACUCCAGUUGUAAGAAAGUAAUUGAAACAAAUAAAAUCCUGUUGGUGCGAAGGUUUCUGCAUGACAGGACAUGCCCAUCCUGGGGUUGGAACAUGAUGACACAAUAUGAGGUUCUUGCCGUCCAUCUCCAUUGUCAAGUUUGCCUAUCUCCACACUUGAUGACAGUAUCCACUUUUAUACCCUGGUGGCCACUUACUGAUUCCAGUCGGUACUGUAGACGUGUUACCAAUUAAACAGCAUAUAGAUACUGCAUAUGUUAUCCUUAGAAAUAAGCAAAGUUGUAAUUCUAAAAAGGAAUGAACACCUUUUUAAUCAGGCUCCCAUAGCUACCAUGGCUAGACAGAUAUAUAUUGCGGGAUGGUAGGUUAACAUUUCCUAAUACAUUGAAAAAUAGAAUUUGUUGCAUUAAAAGUAAGAUCAUUACCUAGUGCAUAUCUAACCCUAAGUUUCUAGGGGCAAAUUGUGACCCCACUUGUGUGCACACAACUACCAUGAAUACCACUGAAAUCUGUGCACACAUAAUUAAAGAGAAGGAUCUGGCCCUGCAGAGUCACCUCUUCUGAAAAAAUAUUUAAAUAGCAAAGUCUGCUGUUUGACAAAUUGAAAAGAGGAGACGCUGUUCUUCAAAUCUGGGCCGAGUUCUUCAGUGUCAAUCUUACAUUCCUCAUUACAGACCAGGAUUCUCAAUUGUGCUAUAGCUGAGUUCCAUCCCUGUCCUUCUGGUUAGAGUUACUUUGGUUUUCUCAAUUUAUUUCCCAGAGAGGUUUGAGAUGCAAACUGCAUUGUGUAUGUGGUCAUGGAUCAAUUAUCCAUUUCACUUGAAAAGACUUGGAGUAAUUCUAAAUUAGAACUUUUUUUCUUUGAGGUGCAUUUAACAAAAAACAAACACACCCCC